AUGAGGCCACCUUACCCUUCUUCUUCACUCUCUUGUUUCUGGGUUUCAGAGCAGACCAGAAAUCUCGCUGAAGCUUUUACCUCAAUUAACGAUUUUCUUUCCCAAUUUUCUCCAAUCGUCAUUGGUGAAGUAGACUGGGUUGAUAAUAACGUUGAUGUGGGAAAAAGAGAGAAGUGGGGCGGCGAGAGUAGAAAUACUAUAGCCAAGAUCGGAAGGGGAGAAAGAGAAGCAAGACAGGAUGAAGUGAAGAAGAGUGAUGAGAGAAUAGAGAAAGAGCAGAGCAGAACAGAGAGCAGCUAUUGCCGAACAAGGAGUCGCAAUAGCCAGUUGCAAAGCAAAAAUGAUGAAACGGCUCGGAGAAGACGAAAGGUGUUGCCGAACCCGAAGGAUGAAGCACGGAUGGUCGAGAGCAAUGGGUCGGAGGCUGGUUCGUCCCAGAAGUCGAGAAUGUUCGAAACAUUGGCGAAGCGGUUCAAUUAUAAAUACGACUAUCUGCACUCAAUACUUUUAACAACAAACUAUUCCCAUGCACUACUAGCUAGCUCUACAUUAAUCAAUAUGCAUUUUCUUGCUCAACUCCUAGUACUAUUUGUUGCUUGGUUCUUAGCCUUUUUUGUUGCUUGCAAAUACAAAAUUAGAAAGAGAGCAAAUGCAUACAAUGCAAAGAGUAAUAGUACUACUAUAUCAGCUACUGGUGCACCUAUAGCUCCAGGCUCGUGGCCUAUCAUAGGUCACCUCCAUCUACUUAACGGGAAACUUCCCGUCUGUCGAACCCUUGGUCUCAUGGCUGAUAGAUAUGGGCCUAUUUUUCAACUUCAACUUGGAGCCCAUCCAGCUCUUGUUGUUAGCAGUUGGGAAAUGGUUAAAGAUUGCUUCACAAAUGGCAAUGACAAAAUAUUUGCAAGUCGACCUAGCAUGGUAUUAAGCAAGUACUUCUACAACGGUAAAGUUUUUGCUUUGGCACCUUACGGACCAUAUUGGCGUGACAUUCGUAAAAUGGUAACUCUCGAACUCUUAACCAACACUCGCCUUGAGAAGUUGAAACAUGUCCGUAAAUCAGAAGUGAAUUAUUGUAUUAAAGAAUUGUACUACUUAAAUUUUAGUAAUAGUAGUAACGAUUUUCCUGCACAAGUGAACCUAAGUAGCUGGUUUGAGCACAUAACGUGCAAUAUAAUCAUCAGAAUGCUUGCUGGGAAGCGAUUUUCAAGUAGCGUAAAUGAAAAGAGUGGAACAGAGGAAAUGCAAUUCAAAGAAUCGAUAAAGAAAGCGUUGUUACUCAGUGGAACUUUCGUUGUUUCUGAUGCAAUUCCUUCGCUUGAAUGGAUGGAUAUUGGUGGGCACAUUAAAGCCAUGAAACAGACCUUUAAAGAAUUUGAUAGUGUGUUUAAUAGCUGGUUAAAAGAACACAUCCAGAAAAGAAAAGAUAGUGAUGUUAUUAAUUCUACGAAUGGAGACCAAUCUGAUUUUAUUGAUGUGAUGCUUUCGACUCUUCCAGAGGAAACAAUGGAGUCUGGAUACGAUCGUGAUGCCAUUAUCAAGGCAACAACGUUGAUACUUAUCAUGACGGCAUCUGAGAGCACUGCGGAGACAUUAAUAUGGGCACUGUCUCUGCUAAUUAACGACACUCGCUCAUUGAAAUUAGCCCAAGACGAGUUAGAUGAGCAUGUAGGAAGAAACAGAUGGGUUGAAGAAUCAGACAUCACUAACCUCCCAUAUUUACAAGCCAUAAUAAAAGAAACCUUACGUAUUUAUCCACCUGGUCCUUUAUCAGGGCCUCGAGAGGCUACCGAAGAUUGUUACGUUGGUAAGUAUCGCAUUCAAAAGGGCACCGGUUUGAUUGUUAACUUAUGGAAGCUUCAACGAGACCCAAGAAUUUGGGAGUAUCCGGAUGAGUUUAAACCGGAGAGGUGGUUCAUGAAGGAACACACGAAUAUUAAUUUUAGAGGACAAAAUUUUGAGUAUAUUCCGUUUAGCUCUGGAAGAAGAAUGUGCCCUGGUUUGAUGUUUGGCACUCAAGUAGUGAAUUUGACACUAGCAAGAGUACUUCAUGGAUUCAAUAUUUCAAUGCCAAAUGAGGAACCCAUUGAUCUAAGUGAGGGUUUGGGCAUUGCCAUGCCUAAAAUGAAACCUCUUCAACCACUUCUUUCUCCCAGGCUGCCUGUGGAACUCUUCCAAAGUCUUUGAGUAAGUAAACUAUCAAAUGAGUAGUAGUAUACUGUGUGUUUAUUUCAGUCUAGAAGGAUAAUGGAGUAUAAAGAGUGAUAUCAGAACCAAAAUGUUAAAUUUUGGGAUAAGUCAUUGAUUCCU